AUGUUGCAGACCAAUUCUCGCGAUAAAAGAAAUACACCAAUGACAUCUGUGAUAAUACAAAAACUCAAAAAAGCUCAGCAACAAGGAAAACAAGAUAAUCGGACUAUACAGAGGUCGGUCGGACGAAAUAUCAGUGAAUUGGAAAGAGAAGAAAAAUAUUUAGAAAAUUUAAUAAGAAGCGCUGCCAGGCAAAACGACAGAGGAGCUUGUGCUAUGUUAGCACAAGAGUUAACUAAGAUUCGUGCUUUAAAGUCUAGAAACUCUCGUUUUGCAGACCACAUGAACAUUGUGCAGAAAAAACAAACAACUUCGCUGUACGCAGCCAAAUAUGGAGAAUCACUUGAAGCGGCUGCAACCACCAUGAAGAAUUUCAACAAGGUUAUGGACAAAACGAAGGUCCCUGAUCAAGUAAAACAGUUCGAUAGGGAAGAAUUAAAAAUGGAUAUGUCUGAAGAUACCUUAGACAUCAUGCUAUCUUCACUAUGCGAAUCUGAAGAGGAGGACGUUGAUGAGUACAUAACAAAAAUUUUAAAUGAACCACAAAGUCACGUGCCUGAUGUGUGGCCCUCUGUUCCUGAUACAACUUUAGAAAAGUCCAGUUCCAUCUCCAGAAAAUUUCGUGAUAAUAUAGUUUAAUAACAUUUGUGCAAGUAUACACACUUUUCGGUCCCUCUAAGCAAAAGCGUUCCAGAAAUGCGUCUACAACUGUGUACUCCUUUGAAACGAACUUCAGAAAACUCUUGCCUUCCUUACAAUUAAAGUUUUGACUUUAUGAUUCAAAAAUAAUAAACGAAAUUUCAAUAUAAAUUUUUAAAUUCCAUUAUAUAUUACUGAUAGAAUUUAGUCAAAAGCUCCUGGUAUAUAGUGUUCUAUUUCUAAAGCCCAAUCACGUUUUA